GGGCAAGCGGAGGCUCCACCCUUACUGAGUGGGUUCCUGCCGCACUCGCGCAGACGUCGCGCGUCCAGGCGGGAGGUCGGUGUGUCCUGGGCUUCUGCUCCCCGGCGGCUGUGGCAGCCCGGAGCCAUGGCUCUCACCGUCCGAGUCGUUUAUUGUGGCGCUUGAGGCUACAAGUCCAAGUAUCUUCAGCUCAAGAAGAAGUUAGAAGAUGAGUUCCCUGGCUGCUUGGACAUCUCCGGCGAGGGAACUCCCCAGGCCACCGGGUUCUUCGAAGUAACGGUAGCUGGGAAGUUGAUUCACUCUAAGAAGAAAGGCGAUGGCUAUGUGGACACGGAAAGCAAGUUUCUGAAGCUGGUGGCCGCCAUCAAAGCCGCCUUGGCUCAGGGCUAAUGUGCCCUGAAGGCAGAGGUGAGAGGGAGGGGCCCACUAGACAGGGAACCACCCUUUGGAUCCUUCUCCCAGCCCCAUUCUCUGACUCCUUGACCCAGGGUGGAGAGCCUAGGAGAUGAGGGGGACAUCUCGGGGGUUCCCAGAGCAAGCAGGAUGAAGUUAGACAGACCUGGGUGAUGAAGGAUGACAACUGAGAUGGAGUCAGAGGUGUGCAGGGUGACG